AUGUUCGGAGAAGGAGGAGGUGGCGACUCUUCGGCUUCUUCAUCCUCUUCAUCCUCAUCAGCCUCCUCAUCUCGAUCGUCCUCAUCGUCAGCUUCUUCCUCAUCGAACGGCAGUGACGGGAAACAGUCCAGCAGUGGCUGUGGAAGCACUAGUAGCGGAGAAGAGAACGGAGAAGAAGUAGACAACCUUUCUAAAAUUAAUAACGGCGACAACAAUUAUUAUUACGAUAAUAACGAUAAUGAUAGAGGAUUUUAUGGGGGCUAUGAAGAAGAUGAUGAUAAAGAUCUAUUUGGUUCUGAUAAUGAAGAUUACUGUAAAACCCUUGCCACUAGUCCCUACACCUGGAUGUUGAGCUUUCUCAUCUUUGUUUUCAUCAUGUUGAGUAAUUAUGGAUUCACGAAUCACCUGCUCUGUCGUCGCUCCAACUUCAUCACCAUCAUCGUCCUUCUUCUUUGCGUCUCUUUCUCCUUGACGUUCUGCUACUGCACUUGCCCUCUUCUCUCUUUCUUUGCCUCCAUUGGAGUUUGUUGAGAGAUUUUCUGGGGGUUUUCAUAGAUAGUCUCACCCACACGUGGCUUGAGUUGAGCCUUGCCUUUUCAAGCUCUCACAUGCAAACAAUUCAGGAGUGUACACAUAUCUUCUCAUGUUUUAACUUAUUACAUUGAAGAAAAAGGUGGAAAGUCUGUGUGUAACAGACUUUAUUUUCGGAAUAAGAAAAUAAUCUUUUGGCGUAAAAUUCUCAAAUAUGAUGUAAUUAUAACCAAGUUUUAUCUCUAAUUUAUUGUAUAAGGUGAGUUUC